CCAACCAGCCCCCUUCUUAUUCCGUCACUCCUGACAGAACUUUGAUCACUGCGCUUUCAGGCGCUGAGGACAUGUUCUCCUGAGGAUCGGAUUUUUUUCUGAUUUGUUCUAGAAAAUUACUUUCCAAGGAGGACGACGAUGACACCAAAUCUGAGCUGAAGGUUCAUCCAUCUGAUUCCCACCAAUCUGAAGUAGAAAAACGCUGGCGGUUCAUCAUGUUUGGAAACAGCGCCCCCUUCUCCUACUCCCCAGGGGGUUUCUCACAGGAAGACUUCCCUCAGCAGAGACGAGCCUUCCAGCAGGAUGAGCCUAAAGAGGAUCUGCUGCAGAGAAACAGCAUUUCCAGACCCAGCGGAAGAUCCAUUUACAUGCAGAGAAAGGAAUAUUCAGAGGUCCUCAACAGACAACCAGAGAGAUUUCAAGUUCGAGUGGAGCAUCUGUUCACAUGUGAGCUGGAUGGCCAGGAGGUGAAGACAGUGGACGACUGCGUGUCCAAACUAAUGAAACUGGACGCCAAAGGUCGUCUGUGGCCUCAGGAGAUGAUCAUGGAAGCCGCGGGAGGGUCUCUCCUGCUCUGUGACAUUGAGACCAAGGCUCAGCUGGAGGCGAUGCCUCUGAGCAGCAUCGUGCAAACCAGAGCGGUCCUGGACAGCUGCGCCUACAACUCUCUGCUGACUGUAACGGUGCAGGAGCGCAGCAAGCGUUUUCCACAGGUCUUCAUGUUUCAGUGUGAGGAGACCAGGGCGGAGCUCAUUAAAGCUGAUGUGGAUAUGGCGGUGCAGAGGGGAGGGAGCGAUACGGACCCCCGCAGGGAGCCGACUGGCAUCAGUCGGCAUAAUCCAGGAAGCUUCCGGCAGGGCGUUCCCGUGCAACAAGAGGGGAUGCUCCCACCUCCAGACUACGCAGCCCCACAGGGGAUCGACAGAGAACCAAAUCCCAUGCCUCCCCAACGCUCCUACUCCUCACAGGAGGAGAUGGUGCAUUCCUCCACGGUGAAGCAGAACAGCCCAAAGAUGGCUCUUGACAGAUCAGACAUCGGGGUGAAAACGGACAUUUUAAACCACGUUAUCAAUGAUUUGGAGAUCUUUGUGGCCAAAGUGUCAGCGUCAGCAAACACCCCCUCGCUGCCAGAAAACGGUGGCAAAAAGAAAAGCGGGUCUAAGAAGAACAAGUCUAAAAUAAAUGCACCUCCAGCAUUCAGUUUGCCACACUGGGAUGAAUACACCUCAUGCCUUCAGAAAAUCAAAUAUGGAUUAAAUCUGCUGGCCCAGCUCAACCGGGUUCUGACCAGCCCCAGUGCCCCUGAGUUUGUCCACAUCUUCUUCACCAACCUGAGCAUCAUUGUUCCUCGGUACCCUCCAGACCUGCCUCCUACAGUCGUGGCUCCCCUGCUGACACCGGAGGCUCUGAACCUGCUGAGUCAGACGCUGAGUCCAGAGGAAAUACAUCUGUGGAAGUCCCUGGGUGACUGCUGGGCUGUCCCCAGGUCUGGCUGGCCCGAUAAUGUCCCACCUUACAUGCCAGAGUUUUACGAUGGCUGGCAGCCUCCCCCGCCCUCUCAUCCACCUCCUGAGCUUCUUCCUCCUCCUCCUCCUGCGAGCGCCCCGAUCAGCAGGAGUUAUAGCCAGCGCCAGAGCCAGAUCUACUCACCCAGAGCCAUGCAGCAGCAGCAGCCUGAGCUCGUGGCCAAUGGUCCCUGGAGUCCUGCACCACAUGCACAUCCCACAGAGCCACCUCUGUACAUGCAUGUCAUGUACAGCUUCACAGCCAGAAACAGCCUAGAACUAACGGUGAUGAAGGGUGAGACGGUUCAGGUGGUUCACAAGUCCAGGCCAUGGUGGCUUGUUCGUAACUCCCGUAAUGAGGAAGGCAACGUUCCUCCAAAUGUUUUGGAGCCAAUCGAUAAUGUCAGAUCCACUGAGGACCAGCCGUUUCCCUCCCAGAGGAAUAGCCGAGGCCCUGUGACUCUGGACAUGAGCUCCAGUCCUGCAGAAGUGAGAGCAUGGCUGGAGUACAGGGGUUUCUCCAGGAUUACGGUCUCCAGCCUCGGGGUUCUGACUGGAAGACAGCUUCUGGGAAUGUCCAAAGAUGACAUCAGGACCGUGUGUCCAGAGGAAGCUGGAAAAGUCUUUUUCCAGCUUCAGGGCAUCAAGUCAUCACUCGCACUGGCCAGUGAACCAUCAGGCAUGUACAACAGCCACUACUAACAGCUGCCCCAACAUCUGGAGUCCAACAUCCUUUUGAGCAGAGAUGAACUGAACUUCAUCCAGUGUCCAUUUCCUUUAGCAAGAACACUUAAGAGGAUUUAUGUUGUUCAGCAGCUAAUAAAUUAUUUAAAGUACAGUUACAUCUUUUACUCUUAAUACAGAUCCACGUACAACCCAUUUGUCCUGAACCCGUUGAGUCACACCUAGAUGUAUUUUUGGAGCAAUAACUCCCCAUAUAUAAUUUUCUGAUGUGAUUUGUUGUAGACAAUGUUAGUAACAUCUAAAAUCAAAGAAACUCACAAGAUUUGUUUAAUCUUUGCAAAAACUUUGUUACAAAAAGCUUUUACUGAAAUAAAAAGUCCUAAUUAUUCAUACAAA